AUGUGAAGGCUUGCCCUCGUCGCUAACCACUGGACUACAGCAGAGAGAGAGACAGAGGUGUAUACCUCAGGUAUACUAUGCAUCCUUUUGAUGACAAGUUGAUACAAAAAUCACCAUCAAUUUCAUCCUCCACCACCACAACCACCACCUCAUCACAAUGAUCUUUAUGUGCCAAGAAAAUGUGCAAAUCAAAAGAGGAUUAUUAUUAAUUCAUUAACGUGCCUUUUAGUACUUGUUCAAUUGUCAACAAUUUGCCAUUUGAUUAGUGCUUCACCUCCACCAUCACAACAACAACCACAACAACCACCUUCUUAUUCACCUCAUGGAUAUAAGUUAAAUGUAAAUUUACCUUCAUCAUCUUCAGUGUUAUUACCAUCUCCUGCAGCGUUGUCAUCAUUUUCAUUAUCUUCUGCAUCAUCAUCAUCGUCCAUGUUGAUGACUAAUUUUCAUCGCUUCAAAUCCAUUUGGUAUUUCCGAUCCUAGUUCAAUAAUAAUUAGUAAAACAAUUCGAUCAGUUCGUGAUACUUAAGGAGGAGGACGAAGUGACUCAUUACUACCCGAUAAUCAGAUAGGUCGAGAAAGUGGUACAAACAACCGAGGUACUGGUGGUAACAAUAAUUCCGGAGGUUUAUCCGUUAUGUCUGAAAUUGCCAAUGCAGUGACCAUAAUAAUUGGCCUUGGUGCUAUUGUGAUUGUUUUACUUAUAGUAUUUGUAUAUUCACGUAAACUCCGUUCCAAGGGUCCAGCAAAGACAAGUUUUGAAUUUUGUCAAACUUAUCAAGCAGGUAACCUUGCUUAUAAUCCAGCAUCAACCAAUGGGUCUCAUCAUCAGCUUACCCAUCCUUUACACUCAACUGGACACCAUGUUCAUCCUCACCAUAUCCAUCAUCCUCUUCAUCAAACAUUUGGCUCUUCAAGUCCAGACUAUGGUGAUCCAGAAUCAGAUAGAACCCUUUCCCUAAUUAACACACCCAUGAUGGACACUGUUGACCGAACCAUGUCCCUUAUGCAUGGGUCACUAGGAGUGACAACAAUCAAUAAACUGGCCAGUCCCUAUUCAAAGAUACUCAUUGAUACAAGUACAGAUAAACAUAUUGUGGUCGAUCAUCUUUUCUUUAAUUUUCAUUAUAUUUGGAAACCUUGGCAAAAAACUGUCCAAUUCAUUGAGGUGGAAAAGGAUGUUUAUCUUAAAUAUGGAUUACCAAUUAAUAAGCCAAUUGUGAAGAAACAAUCAAAAGAAAAUCGAUCAGACUGAUUAUUGUUACAAUUAACGGUAAUUAAAUCAAUACAUAUCCUGGUUAAGAGGUACCAUCGGUUUUAUAAUAAUCUGUGAUUUAAUUACAUUCAAAUUUAAUGAUCAUUAUCAUCAAACUAAUAAUAUGACGACCAAUUGUUUAAACGAUUAAUAUUAUACCUAAUGGAUAAUAUUUGAUAAUCAACUUUAUCAUCAAAUGUAUCAAUUUAAUUUAAUAAUUACUGAAAUAUAAUCAAAUUCAAAUCAUUUGAAUUAACUUAA